AUAUAUCAAUAUUUGAGUUGAAUCUUGAAGUGAAAGAAAAGUAUGGUAGCCGCGAUGGUUAUGGGUUCAGAGAAAGCGUGGAAGAAAGGGCCUUGGACUCUGGAAGAGGAUAAGCUGCUGAGUGAAUAUGUGAGCUUGCAUGGUGAAGGAAGGUGGAGUUCAGUGGCCAAGUUUACAGGGUUAAAUAGGAGUGGGAAAAGUUGCAGGUUGAGGUGGGUGAACUAUCUGAAGCCAGGGCUGAAGAAAGGCCACUUAACACCUCAAGAAGAAGCCAUCAUACUUGAAAUCCAUGCUAUGCUGGGUAACAAGUGGUCUACAAUAGCAAAAUAUUUGCCAGGUAGAACAGACAAUGAGAUUAAGAACUACUGGAGAACCCAUUUCAAGAAGAAAGACAAAUCCUCUCGUAUUAAUAAGAAGCAAGAAAAGAGAAGAUCAAGAAUUCUUAAACAGAUGAAACAACAUGAGCAGCAGCAGCAGCAACCUCAACAGUGCGAUGUGCAAAGCAGCAUCUCGUCUCAUGCAGAAUCAAACAAUCAAACAAACGUUUCUGCUGGGACUGUUCUAGAGGACACCUAUCAUCCAGUCACCACCAUGGAAGACCAAGAUAAUUACUUGCCUUUCAUGUACCAAGAUUACUUUCCCUCCCUGUGGCCUGAAAAUACUGUAGAACAAGAUGAAGGUUUGUGGGUUACAUUAUGGAACCUUGACGAAGAAAUACAAGGUCACAGGGACAAUCAGUUCAACCAAAAUGCCAUUCAUCAUAACCAGAUUACAACUUCCUGUUUCGAUGAUAUUUCCAACAACCUCUGCUUUGCAAAAUACAUGUCCGGCUGAACUGCCCGGACAAUUUAUGUUGUAUCUGUUCUGUGAUUGCAGCUAUGUUAUUGAGUAAAUUUUCUUUCUGAACUUUUUCCCUGCACUUGUAAAAUUGUAACUCAGUGAACCUAGCUAGCUAAAAGUGCUGUUCUAUAUGUUCAUUCGGCGUCUAUGU